UGAGGAAGGAGGGGCCCCCCUCCCAGGGGGACACUGCGCAGGCGCGGGCCCGGCGGAAGGCCUAGUCGUGCGUCCACCAGGGUCCUUGGAGCCGCCGGACGAUGUCCAGUCUAGCCACCGUCGCGUGCGAUUCCGGCUCUUCUGACAAGCCGGAGAAGAAGCCCCUGAAGCCGUGCUGCGCUUGCCCGGAGACCAAGAAAGUGCGGGACGCCUGCAUCAUCGAGAAGGGGGAAGAGCACUGCGGCCACCUGAUCGAAGCCCACAAGGACUGCAUGCGUGCCCUGGGCUUCAAGAUAUAAAUGGCGGCGGGGGCGGCCGGCCGCGAGGUGACCCCACCUCUCGGUCUCGCGAGCAACUUUCCCGGAAGAGCCGGACGCUCAGCAUUCCCGGGACGGGGCAUCCUCCGAAAGCGGGAUUCGGAGGGAUGAGAGGCGUCUCCAUGGGACUUGUUGGGAGCAGAAGGAUUUCGCCCGGGGGGGAAGGGGCCGGGGGCGCCUCGCUCGAAUAAAGCGGGUUGGAAACCUCUCCCGGCUCCGGUGGUU